GCGCCCUCCCAACUCCGGUUUCAUGGAUUCCCAGUCCAGCUGCGUGGUGGUGACCGGUUUCGGGCCCUUCCGGCAGCACCUGGUGAAUUCCAGCUGGGAAGCAGUAAAGGAACUCUCCAAGCUGGGUCUGGGGCGUGACAUGGAGGUGGAGUUGCGGAUUCUUCAACUGCCAGUGGAUUACAGAGAGGUGAAGCAGAGGGUCACCAGAAUCUGGGAGGAUCUUCAACCGCAACUCGUUGUGCAUGUGGGCAUGGACCCCACCGCCAAGGCCAUCUUUCUGGAACAGUGCGGCAAGAACUGGGGCUACAGGGAUGCCGACAUCCGAGGCUUCCACCCUGAGCGUGGCGUGUGCCUUCCAGAUGGCCCGGAAGUGAUUGCUUCGGGAGUCAGCAUGAGGGCCGUCAGCAGGCGCGCGGUGGUCGAGGGCGUGGAGGUGGCCUUUUCCCGAGACGCAGGCAGGUACGUCUGCGAUUACACCUACUACCUGUCUUUGCAUCAUGGAAAUGGAUGCGCGGCGCUCGUCCAUGUCCCUCCAUUAUCUCCUUCGCUUCUGGCUAGCCUGCUGGGAAAAGCCCUGCAAGUUAUCAUCCAGGAAAUGCUGGAGGAGACUGAGAAAGCCAGGUCUCAACGCCUGGUUCACAGGAAACUCAGCCUUUGCGAUUCCAGACAGGGGGAACCAACUGGGAGACUGCUCCUUUAGAGAAAAUUAAAUGUUUCAGUCCUGUAUGCAGCGUUCAACUGUGCUUUGAGAGGCUUUUAAAAAUUUGCUUGUAAAACAGUUUACACAGAGGAAAAAAGUUCUGAAUUAGCCCAAUGAAAUCACAAAGGGUUAUUUUAUUGUCAGAAGAAAGAACACUCUGAAAGGCAGACAUUUCACAAGGGCUUAACUAGCUUCAGUUAUGGUUUUCCGGACAAUAAAAUGAAAUGCUAGUAAUUUUUUUUCCUCUUAAAAGUCUAUGCAGCAGGCCUGUGUGAUCCUGCCCAGAUUUCUGGGACCCCAGACCUGUUCUGCGAGCCCCGUGUGGUGGGAUGACCUGCGACUGGCCGACCAUGGGAAACGCAGGUGCAGCUGCUACUCGGGCGCCCCACUCUGGGCCUCCAAGCUUGUGCAUCCAGGUGCUGUGGGCAACUUCUGAGCCACUGAGUCUUUAGUGUUUGGUUUUUUCUUUUUUAACUUAAUUGAAAAAUUAUUGUAAAAUACACAUAACAUAAAAUUUGCCAUUUUAACCAUCUUUAAG